AUGAUUCGAUCAAUACGUGGUGGGCUGCCAUCAUUCCUGGCCAAAACAAAAACACAGUCCUCAAGAAGAUUGGCGGCGACCGAAUCCACAUUGAGAAAAUGGAGGGCUUCGCAUCGAUCUUUCGCUUCUUCGACCGCCGAGGAACGAAAAAAUGAUCGACUCUUGGUGGUAGGAUCGGGUGUUGCUGGAAGCGCUGCGGCACUGAUUGCUGCUGAAACCUAUCAGAUACCAGUCACUGUCCUCUUUGCUGGAAGUAUUCCACAAGACUGCAACUCCAACUGGGCACAAGGAGGUAUCAUCUACCGAAAUUACGACCCUGCAUCGGGAGAUUCUGCGGAUUCUUUGGCGAAGGACAUUCACCGAGCGGGCGCUGGAUUGUGCGAUGAAGGUGCAGUGAGAAAAGUAUCCGAAGAAGGACCCUCCAGAGUUAGAGAACUACUAUUGACUGGAGGCCCUUUUGCCAACGUUCCAUUUGACAAGGCAGCCGAUGGAGAAUUGGCGUUAUGUUUAGAGGCAUCCCAUGGGGCGCCAAGGAUUUUGCACUAUGCCGAUCACACGGGUAUGAUAAUUACCAGACACAUUACAAAGGCAGCAGCCAAUCACCCAUUGAUUACCAUGCAAUCAGAUACCUUGGCAGUGGAUAUUAUUCAAGAAGAUGGCGUGUGCAUAGGAAUCCAAACAUUCAAUCGUGCCACUGGUGAGACCGAGGUGGAACUAGCAUCGAGAGGAACUGUUCUGGCAAGUGGUGGUUUGGCAGGAAUCUACGAACAUUCCACAAACCCUGCCGGAUUCAAUGCUUUGGGAUCAAGUGUGGGCCUGGCAACCCGGGCUGGAGUUGAAACCAAGGAUUUGGAAUACGUUCAAUUCCAUCCAACAUCCUUGUUCAUUCCGAAUGAGUCCCGUUUCCUGUUGAGCGAGGCGCUGCGAGGAGAAGGUGCGAUUUUGAGGAAUGCUUCUGGUCGUGCCUUUGGCAAAGACUUUCAUCCAGACGGAGAACUAGCACCUAGAGAUAUUGUGGCAAGAGGAGUGUUUGAAGAAAGCCAAAACGGGGAUGGAACGAAUCACAAUGCCUUUUUGGAUAUUUCACAUCGAGAUGCUGAUUGGCUGCAUGCUCGUUUCCCUACCAUCCAAGCAUAUGUUUCAGAAAGAGGUUUAGAUCUUGCCAAGGAUCAUCUUCCUAUUAUUCCCGCAGCCCACUACACCUGUGGAGGAAUCGCGACCGACGAACAUGGCAGAACAAGUCUGAAGGGUCUAUACGCUGCUGGUGAAGCUGCCAGAACAGGUUUGCAUGGAGGAAACAGACUAGCGUCCACAUCACUGUUGGAGGCGCUUGUAUACGGGGCAUCAGUGGCUGACUUUGUGGGCAGUGACAUGGGAAGAGAAUUGCAUUCAAAGUCAACGGAACGUCUUUCCAAUCGUGCCAACGCUGGCUUCGAUCUUAAUGUCGGCGCAACAGCAGAGAACCUAGAAACGACAGCCAUGCGAGCCACCCAGUUGUUAAGCCAAGUACGACGCGUCAUGUGGGACAAUGUGGGCCUCGUGCGUACCACAUCAGGACUCGCUGGUGCCAUUGAUAGCUUGAAUGAACUUCAACAGGAAGCUGUUGAAUUGCACGAGAAAACACCUUUGAUGGAAACUAUUGGUCUUCGAGAUGCAGCCUGUUCUGGCCAAGCAGUUGCUCAGGCUGCCAUUGGCAACAAGGUUUCCGCUGGAGGUCACUAUUUGAGUGAUGCCGAGGAAUUCAGUGAUGACGACGACGAGGCAGCUGUUGCCGCACGAUAG